UUCUACAUAAAUAACAUAACACACACAUCAAUAAUCAUAGUUUCAAAGAGAAGCAAACAUGGCGUCUUUGAAGAACUACAACAUGAAGAUUCUGUUGGAAACAGCAGUUGUAUUUUGUCUUUGUUCAUUUUCGUUGGUUUCUUCACACAGCAGAAAAUUCACAACACCAAACGUGACACGUGUCACAGAUCAGUUCAGUAGAAUCGCCAUUGAAAGCGGCUUCUCCAAACGUUUUGGGGAUCACAAUAUUAUCGUCAAUGGCUCUCUCGCCAAACUCACUCUCGACAAAUCCUCUGGAGCUGGGUUGGUGACAAAGAACACGUAUCAUUAUGGAUUUUUCAGUGCAAGACUCAAGCUUCCCGCUGGAUUUGCCUCUGGUGUUGUGGUUGCUUUCUAUUUGUCAAACGCAGAGAGUUAUCCAAAAACCCACGAUGAGAUAGACAUAGAGUUGUUGGGUAGAAGCAGGAGAGAUGAUUGGUCCAUCCAAACGAAUGUGUAUGCAAAUGGGAGUUUGAAAACAGGAAGAGAAGAGAAGUUUUAUUAUUGGUUUGAUCCAACUCAAGCCUUUCACGACUAUACUCUCAUUUGGAACUCCCACCAUAUUGUAUUUUUGGUAGACAACAUUCCGGUUAGAGAAUUUCCGAACCGAGGAGCUUUCAUGAGCGCAUAUCCAUCUAAACCGAUGUCUCUUUACGUCACCGUUUGGGACGGUUCAGAAUGGGCCACUCACGGCGGUAAGUAUCCAGUCAACUACAAGUAUGGCCCCUUCGUGGCUUCCAUAGCUGACGUAAAGUUAAGCGGCUGCUCCGUUAACAACGGCUCCUCUUCUGGACCUGGGCCAUGCACCAAGUCGGGCGGGUCGGUUUCCAGUCUGGACCCGGUUGACGGUCAAGAUUUUGCCACAUUAUCAAAGAAUCAGAUUGCAGCAAUGGAUUGGGCUAGGAGAAAGCUAAUGUUUUACUCUUAUUGUAACGAUAAGUCGAGAUACAAAGUCAUGCCUGCUGAGUGCUGAGUUCAGCUGUUAUAAUUUUCUAUAAGAAAAAUAUAAUCUCACUUAGGAUGGUAGCCGUUGAAUUUGAAUGUAAUGUUUCAUCUGUUUAUUUACUUCCCCUAAUAUAUAUAUUUUUGCUUGAA